AUGGAGCCUGUUGGUACAAUCUUACUGCUGGACUGCCAGGUGAUCGCCUCUCUCCUAGGCCGGAUCAUAUACAAUCUAUUUUUCCACCCACUUGCCAGCUUCCCUGGGCCAUGGCUCCAAGCCUCCAGCACAAUCCCGCUCAUGUACGCGACGCUCAUCGGCCACGAACACUCGGUCGUUGUGUCGAUGCACAAGAAAUACGGACCCGUCGUGCGCAUCGCCCCAAACAAGCUAUCCUACAUCACCAGCAAGGCAUGGCAGGAUAUAUACGGGCAUCGCAACCGCGCAGAGCCCGAAAUGCUCAAGGACAGCAAAUGGUACGUUCGCAACCCCAACGGCCCGGAUAUCAUCUACUGCAGCAGGGCCGAGCACCGACGGUAUCGAGCGCUCUUUGCCAAUGGCUUCUCGGACCGCUCCUUGCGCAGCCAGGAAUCGUUAAUCAACGGGUACGUCACCCAGCUAAUCGACACCCUGGAGCAGCGCGUGAGGGAGGACGAAAAUGCUGUCUUUGAUAUGGCCACUUGGUUUGGCUGUGUUACGUUUGAUAUCGUGGGGGACCUCACGUUUGGCGAGUCUUUCGACUGCUUGAGUUCUGGGGGCUUGCAUGCGUGGCUGCAUCGUCUCUUCGAGAGUGUCAAGGCCUCCGUUGUCCUUCGUGUUUUGCAGGAGGUGCCGUUGUUGGGUCGGUACUCGACCACUAUUUUCCCCCGACUUCUUCGGCUGGGUGUACUGAAGAGCAACCGCGAGCAUCUUGCCUUCACGGAAGAUAAAGUGCGUCGCCGAUUAAGCUGCAAGGAGCCCCGCGCCGACUUUCUGGAUCCCAUCCUUCGAAAACCUGAAGGGCACGGCCUAAGCUAUUCAGAGCUGCUCAGCAGCUCGUCUAUUCUCAUCACCGCUGGUGGGGAAACGACUAUGACGGGACUAUCGGGGAUUCUGUACCUGCUGCUCACACACCCAGAGAAGAUGGCUGUCUUGGCGAAGGAGGUGCGUGACGCAUUCCAGGAUGAAAGCAUGGUGACCAUCCAGUCAACCAGCCGGCUGCCUUAUCUUGGAGCCGUCAUCGAAGAGGGUCUCCGUUUGUAUCCCCCAGCACCUAUCGGUCUUCCUCGCACGGUUCCUGACGGUGGCUUCAUGAUUGAUGGAAGGUUCGUUCCUGGAGGGACCUCCGUCCGCGUCUCCCACCUAGCAGCCUACCGAUCGGCGACGAAUUUCUCGCGCCCAGACGAAUUCUGCCCGGAGCGCUUCCUCAAUCCGGCUGCGUUUGCGGAUGAUCUCGCUGUCUUCCAGCCCUUUUCCGUGGGACCCCGAAGCUGUAUUGGAAGAAACCUUGCAUACGCGGAAAUGCAGCUGAUUCUCGCGCGUCUGCUGCACCACUUCGAUAUCAGACUCGAGGAUCCCGGAUUUGCGUUCGAGAUGCAGCGGACUUUUUCGACCUGGGAGAAGCCACCGUUGAAUGUCUCUCUGGUUCCACGGCGCACUGCCUGUUCGAUGAAAUAG